AUGGCGGAGGCGCCGUACUGGAUCGUCAGCAUGCCGCUGGUGCAGAGCAAGGACAACACCUGGAACCUGCUCAACCAGAAGACGACCUACGAAGCGGACUACUCGAUGAACUUCCGGCUAGAGAUGCCGGAGCUGCGCUGCGGAACGCUCGACUCGCUCCUGACGCUGAGCGACGACAUGGCGAAGCUGAACGCGCACCUCGAGGGCACGGUCAUGAAGCUGCGCCGCGCCCUGCAGGAGAUCCUGCCCCCGGACGACCAGGCCGUGAUGGUGGCGGGCCUCCCCGUGGACAGCUACCUGACGCGGUUCGAGUGGAACGAGGCGAAGUACCCCCCGCGGCGGCCGCUGAAGGAGCUGGUCGAGAAGAUCGUCGAGGACGUGUCCAAGGUCGAGGAGGAGAUGAAGGUCCGGAUGUCGGAGUACAACAUCCUGAAGUCGCAGAUGCAGGCCGUGGCGCGCAAGUCGCAGGGCUCGCUGGCGGUGCGGGACCUCUCGACGCUGCUGGAGCCGUCGGACCUCAUCGCGUCGGAGAACCUCGCGACCGUCGUCCUGUGCGUGCCCAAGUUCGGCGUGAACGAGUUCCUCAGGCGCUACGAGACGCUCACCGAGUUCGUGGUCCCGCGCUCGGCCAAGAUGAUCACCUCGGACAACGAGUACUGCCUGUACACCGUCAUCGUCUUCAAGCGCGUCGCCGACGACUACAAGCGGCUCGCGCGGCAAGCAGGCGUCCAGGUCCGUGAGACGAAGGGCCUCUUCGAGGACGGCGACGAGGACGGCGACGGCGGCAACGACGACGAGCUCCUCGAGCGCUGCGAUGCCGUGCGACACGACCUCGAGGCCUGGCUGCGCACCGCGUUCAGCGAGGCGUUCCAGGGCUUCGUGCACGCGCUCGUCGUGCGCGUCUUCGUCGAGAGCAUCCUUCGCUACGGCCUCCCGCCCUCGUUCCAGGCCGCGGUGAUGAAGCCGAAGCCGCGCACCGAGUCGAAGCUCCGCGGCGUCCUGUCCACGACGUUCUCGCGCGGCGACGCCGCCCUCUGGGCCGCGGGGCCCGACGACGCCAAGAACGGUCUCCUGACCACCGACGACGCACACCCCUACGUGUCCUACACCGUCACGGUAUGA